GGUACGCUGACUUAUCCAUCUGGCAACCCUGGUCUACUAGGUAGGUACUAAGUACCUUGCCGUCUUGCCGUCGGACUGUCGGAGAAGCAGUUUUAGCACAGCACGCAGGCUGUCAGCACGCCAGUGUCAGCGCCUGUACACGAUAUUUCGCGUCUUCAAUAUUUCAAAGAAUAAAAUCAGCGAACCAGCAGGCCAAUAUAAUUUUUUUAGUUAAACUAAAAAUGUUUUCUUUAACAAAGCUGGCGUAUAAUUGGUGCAAUGGGGAAGAAAGGUCUGCUUACGACGAGUUGGAGACGUUGGAAAUAAGCGUUAGACCAUGUUGCCUAUUGUUGAUACUCUACCUUAGGGCAGAAAAUGCUGACUAUGACGUUUCCAAUGACGAUCAAAUGUUUAUUGCGGCCCAUCAAUCAAUCAGUGAAGAGGCCGCAGCCAGUGGACAUGUUCGGUGUUUGACGUUUGCGGAAGGCCGCGGGUUCCCAUGGACACGUGCGAUAUGUGUCCUGUCCGCAGCCCACGGACAGCUGGACUGUCUGCAAUACGCAUGUGACCGUGGCUGUCCGUGGGAUGUUGAGGUGUGUUGCAAAGCCGCGGCCAACGGUCAGCUAGCAUGCCUGCGCUACGCCCACGAAAACGGAUGUCCGUGGGACUACACGACGUGCGAAGCGGCUGCGGCUGGUGGCCACCUCGACUGUCUACAGUACGCCCACGACAACGGAAGUCCGUGGGAUUACAUAACAUGUGAGGUGGCUGCAGGUGGUGGCCACCUCGACUGUCUACAGUACGCCCACGAAAACAGCUGUCUGUGGGCCUACACGACGUGCGAGGCGGCUGCAGCUGGUGGCCACCUCAACUGUUUACAGUACGCCCACGACAACGGAUGUCAGUGGAACUUCACGACGUGCGAGGCGGCUGCAGCUAGCGGCCAUCUCGAAUGUUUGAAGUACGCCCACGACAAUGGCUGUCCGUGGGAUUAUAAGACGUGCGAGGUGGCUGCAGCUGGAGGCCACUUUGACUGUUUACAGUAUGCCCACAAAAACGGCUGUCUGUGGGCCUACACGACGUGCGAGGCAGCUGCAGCUGGUGGCCACCUGGACUGUCUGCAGUACGCCCAUGACAAUGGAUGUCUGUGUGACGCAGCUGCGGCUGGAGGCCACUUCGACUGUCUAGAGUGGUGGUGACCAAGUACCAAAUCUGGCCGGACAAAGAAUAAUUAAGAGGACUUUACACUAACAUUUGUUUUCGCCGUCUUCCUAGUGUGUACCAUAUCAAAUUUUACGCUCAGCAAUUUACGUUAAGUUCCGUUAGUUUAAAAAUUGGAGUGAAUGUCUUAUAUACAAUUUAAAAGUAAGAUUAUUACCUAGACAAUAUCAUAGGCUAUUUAUUAUAUUUUAAUUUUAUUGAGAGCUAUAAAUAUUAACAAACUACAAACAAUUUAUAAUUUUAAAAUACUCAAUUUUAAAAUUAAAAUAUAAUAAAAAGCCUACGGCAUUGCCUAGAUAAUAAACUUACCUUUAAAAUGUACAAGAUUGAAGAUGUCAAUUCACUUUAAUUUGUAAACUAACGGAGUUAUACGUGAUCUACUCAGCGGAAAGUUUCCUAUGUCACGAACUUGUAAGACGAAGACAACAAAUUUCUGUGCAACGUGUCUUAAAAUGAAAAUCGAAAUUGAAAAAAAAAUUAAAUUCAGAUUGUAAGGUUUAUAAAAUUGAAUACAAAAAUAAUAUUUCCCAUUUUUUAUCACCAAUCAUGUUGUUAAUUAGACAUGGCCUUGUUAAAUUAAAAGAAAACGUUUAAAUUCUUGAACUCUACUGUAUGCCCGCGAACAUGUCAGUGCGAUGAAUAGUCGCAGCCCCCGCAGCUUACAUCCGCAUAGUCGACCUCUGCAAAAAUAAAAGUAUGAUUAGGAAUUUUCAAACAUGAUAUAGGUACUGAUAUUAUUUUGAUAUUAUUAUUCUUAUUUUAUUAAUAUGACAUAUUUAAAUUAUUAGAAAAAAAUUACCUCUGCAGUCAAAACCUUAUUGAUUCAUAUUAUAUUUUAAACUAAUUUGAUAUUAAUUAUUUUUAUUAUUUAUUAAAAAGGGGAUAUUUUAAGGGUAACGUUUAAAAUAUGAUUCAUAUAGGCUUUAUAUUUUAUGAAUUUUGAAGGGUCAUAUGUUAUAUAAUUAUGCGUCGAUAAUUAAAAAUGCUAUUUACAUUUGAAUUUUGUUUUUAAUUUGUUAAUUGCCAUCACUUAAUAACAAUUAUAAUAAUAUAUAUGUUUGACAUUUGUGCUUCUAUUACACGUCGACUACUUAUUGUUGUACCUAAAAUCUAACUACCUAUUGAUUUAUUAUAAUAAUAAAACCGUGUUUGGUAUCAUUAUUUCAUUUUAUAUUAUAUAGGUCAAAACACAGUAUUGUACUACUGUAUUGAUAAUAAAAAACGCAUGCGCGCACUAGGUAUUAUUAUACCUAUAAGUAUGUAUAUUUAUUGAACUAUUUAUAAUUAAUGCAUAGAUCGUAUACAGUGUACUCUCGGUAACUCGAACCUCGAUAACUCGAAAUUCUCGAAAUCUCGAACUAAUAAAAUUCCCCUUCAAAUAACAAUCAAACAUUAAGAUUUUGAUAACUCGAAAUUUUU